AUGACCUCUUCGUCAAAUGUCGUCGGUGUUCACUACCGCGUGGGCAAAAAAAUCGGCGAGGGCUCAUUUGCUGGCAUACCCAAUGUCUACUACUUUGGCCAGGAGGGUCUUCACAACAUCCUUGUCAUCGACCUCUUAGGACCAAGCCUAGAGGAUCUCUUCGAUCACUGCAAUCGAAGGUUUUCGAUAAAGACGGUAGUCAUGGUGGCCAAACAAAUGCUUUCAAGAGUGCAGACGAUACACGAAAAGAACUUGAUCUAUAGAGAUAUAAAACCCGACAACUUCCUCAUUGGUAGACCAAAUUCCAAAGCGGCCAACGUCAUCCACGUUGUUGAUUUUGGAAUGGCGAAACAGUAUAGAGAUCCCAAGACCAAACAACAUAUUCCUUACCGGGAACGCAAGUCCCUCUCGGGCACUGCAAGAUACAUGAGUAUUAACACCCAUCUCGGGAGAGAACAGUCACGGCGAGAUGAUCUUGAAGCCCUGGGCCAUGUUUUCAUGUACUUUCUAAGGGGAGGUUUGCCAUGGCAGGGUCUGAAAGCCGCCACUAACAAACAAAAAUAUGAAAAGAUUGGUGAGAAGAAGCAGACGACUGCGGUGAAAGAUCUGUGUGAUGGAUAUCCUGAGGAAUUCAAUAAAUACUUGACCUGUGUCCGUAAUCUGGGAUUCGAGGAUACCCCUGAUUAUGAUUACUUGCGCGACCUCUUCACCCAGGCAUUGAAGAAUACUGGAGAGGUAGAAGACGGCGAGUAUGACUGGAUGAAGUUAAAUGGCGGAAGAGGUUGGGAAGCUGCCAAACAAUAUCCUCCUCAACAUCAUCUCCAUGCGUCCAACGCUCAGAACACAUCAGCUCGUGAUAUUCAUGGAGUACCACCUCCUAGGGGCCCGCAUAGGCCAGGUGUAACAGCUGACCGUUUAAACGCCGCGCAACCCCCGCCCCCAUCUCCCGCGAAACAGGGAGUGGGGAAAGUGCGCGAGCGGCAAAACGCCUCCGGCGGGCCGCAAGUCAAACGACAGAACGGAGUAGCGGGGGGUCUUGAGACAACACCGGCUGCAUCCACUCAGGCUCAAUUUCAAAACUCCAAUGCUCAUCUUCCAGGCCGCAUAUCUACUCCGGGUAAUCAUGGCAUGAAUACCAUGCCGACACAACAAAUGCGGCCAGCACAAGACCCGGAACCAACGUUUAUACAGAAACUCAUGAAGGCUUUAUGCUGUGGUUGA